AACAAAAGGAAUCGCAGAUUGGAAAGCGAUAACUGAUAAGUGAGGAAAGGAAUAACUCAACGAUUUCUGUUGCUAUUCGCUCAAUGCGUACUGUUUCAGCUACCUUGCGCCUUCGACUUAACCUUUGAUCACUUGACUCUCCGCGGCAUCCCCCACCGCUGCCGUUCAUCUCUCGCCACCGUCGCCAAACGCUCAUACCUUCCCUUCCUCACUCCGUCGCUGACGCGUCCUUAAAACCCGUUUUUCUACCGGAUGGAGCAAUACUGGAGAGGAAGCAGUAUCAAUAAGGAGGGAAUGGUGCAGCACUUGCAGAGUUAUGGGAUUAUAAAAUCAAAGAAAGUGGCAGAAGUGAUGGAAACCAUUGACAGGGGUUUGUUUGUUCCAGAGGGCACACCCCCAUAUGUUGAUAGUCCUAUGCAGAUCGGCUACAACGCCACUAUCUCCGCACCUCACAUGCACGCCAUGUGCCUCGAGCUGUUGGAGAACCAUCUCAAACCCGGCAUGCAUGCUUUGGAUGUUGGCUCUGGAACGGGUUAUUUGACUGCUUGUUUUGCUGUAAUGGUGGGAGCACAAGGCCGUACCGUUGGCGUCGAGCAUAUUCCUGAAUUGGCUGAAUUUUCAAUCAAGAAUAUAGAGAAGAGUGCUGCAGCUCCGCUGUUUAAAGAAGGAUCAUUCUCGAUUCAUGUUGCUGAUGGCAGGCAGGGAUGGCCGGAGUUUGCGCCUUAUGACGCCAUCCACGUCGGAGCUGCCGCACCAGAAAUCCCACCAGCGCUUAUCGAACAACUGAAACCCGGUGGCAGAUUGGUUAUCCCUGUCGGGAACGUCUCCCAGGAACUGAAAGUUGUGGACAAGAACGCAGACAGCACACUCAACAUUCAGAGCGAGACGGCUGUUCGGUACGUGCCGCUGACUAGUCGAGAAGCGCAACUCCAGGGGCGAUAACUUUACGUGCAUGCCAUGUGUAUAUUUGUGAGGAUUAUGAAAUAAAGCAACUCAAUGUAUAACUAUGCCGCAUACAUGAAAAACCAUUUGACAAUCACACCAAAUGAUGUUUUACAUGCUCAAAUAAUAGCUGCGUUCUAUUUGAUGGAAAAAGAUGGAAUAUAAAUAUUUUUCUUUA